AUGGAGGCACAAUUGGCUAAGGAUGUUCGACCAUUCAAUUUUAUAACAUCGAUGAGAAUAAUUAGGGAUGCGAUUUUGGUGUCUGAGGGGGUGAACACAAUCAACGUUGGUCGGGCUGUGUUGAUUCACACAAAGCCGAGGAGUAGGUUGGAUGUUGGGACUUGGGGGACAAUGGGGAUGGUCUGGGAUAUUGCAUUACUGUGGCAGUGGCUUCAUCUGGGGACUCUGGAUUUGGUUUUAGUGCCAUGGAAGUUGAGUAUGGGGAAGUAUUUUUUGAUCUUUGUUGCCCAUGGAGUCCGGUCCCAAUGGGGAAUCAAACCUUGCAUUACCACUUGGAACUUGCCGCUUCCAGCAAAGAACUUUCUGCAACCAUCUAAACAACGCCUGAUAAUGAUAUCCAUGGAUGCAGAAAUGUUAUAG